CUCUACUCUAACGAUUUGACUUCUUAGCCUUCUUCCCUUCGUCCUGUCGGAUCACUCUCCUUUGCUCAACUGCCAGCGAACGAACGCUACGACGAUCCAUUUCCGGUCUCCCCCUUCUAUUUUAUUCCCAUGUGAGGUGCCUGUCCAUAGGGCGGAUCGGAACUAGGUCAACCAUUCAGACAACACACAAAUUUCUGACAUUUCUGACUUGACUCUCCUCCACAACUCAAAUCCAGCUUGUCUUGCUCCUUGGGAAGCACCGAGAACACCCAUUCUUGUUACUGCUGGUUAUCUUGCCCUGCAAAUCAUAACAAUUUCUCGCCGUUCCGUUGGAGGGCUGGCUUCUUUCUUUACCCGUACCACCGAACCGCCCGCCUCCGUGCCACCUGCCGGGUGUCUGUACAGUGGAUGUUGGACAUCCACAUCAACCGCGCCGUCUCAAAUCAGCUGUCGACUGCUCAUCUUCUGUCUGUCUACCUGAUUUUCCCAUUCUGUCAACUUUCGCUUCUCUUGCCCGGCUGCCCGAGACCGCAUAGACGACGAAGCCGUCGGUGGAGCCGUGCUAGUCACCCGUUUGGUCGAAUCUUAGCCGCAGCUCUCUCUCAACCGCCCUUCCCAAGAGACGGGCAUACUGCAGCACACCUACCUAAGCUUAGGUCGCAGAAACAGACGUACAGCUCUCAGCCUGAUCUGGCUCUCUGAAAUUCCCCCAUUUUCUCCCAGCAGGGCCGUAGUCGCGCUGCCCCCAGGUCGAGCCAACUUGCCUUCCCCAUAUAUUGACCCUUCAAUCGUCAGGAUCGCUAUUUGGGUACCCCUGCUGCCACAGGAGACCCGCCGCGACGCAGCGAAACCAAACCUGGCCCUGUCGAUAUUUCGCGUGAGCGAGGCACAGACACGGUCAGCUAGGGUCGGCCUGGAGCCACCCCGGUCUCCGUACCGUUACUCUUCCCAGCACUGAGGUAGCAGUAGGCACAGCUCCUCUUAAACUGCCCUCCCCACCCUCUCGCUCUCGAGCUUCUUCACUCUCGAGCCUGCUGUUGCUAGUCUGGAAGCUUGAUGAUCCCCGGGCCGUCGUCUACGAGACCUUCCAGCACAGCUUUAUUCCUUCGCCUCGACGGCCUCUAGGAUCACGACCAACACCAUCUAUCCAGUGCGGCCCAGGAGUAGACCCAACCGACCAGAAAGCAAACUGCGUGGGGCUCCCGAGGCAUUCUCGACUUUGAAAGCCGCCGAAUACCAGUCUGCUGGACAGCCCGACCGACUUCCAUCACUACCUGCGUCAGUGCCGGAAGGUUAUCGCAUACAAACGAGUCGAGAGACUGACGAUGGCACUCGAAGCCCCCCUCCGGUCGUCUAUCGGAAGUCAAAUAUCUGCUUAUUCCCAUCACAACGACAUGUCUGUCUCAUCUCCCGACAACGGUUCUUUUCAAUCCCCUUUCGCCAGCAUGUCUUCGAACGCCUCAGAUCACUCCGGCCGCAAUUCUCUGCGCCCCAAUUCCAUUCAGAGAGUUCCGUCGACGAAUUUGAACUUGAUGAGCCCGAGUGAUAUUGUUGGACCUUCACCAGUCACUUCGACUGGUACCGAAACAACGGAAAUCGAGGACGAAGAGGCGGAGGAGGUCCAGGCCCGGCCUAAUGUUACCAAUCCGGCACCACAUCCUCAGCUCAUGAUGCUCUCAACCAACAUUCCCGAUCAUUUGCGGCAGAGCAGCAGUGAAGAAGCCGUAUCAGUCAUACAUGCGCCGGAAAGCUUUCAUAGCUGGGCCUCUACGGAGCCGACAGUAAAGCCGGAUCAAAGCAGCACGAGAUCGUCACCCAAGACCGAUACAAUGAGUCUUCCAUCCGUCACCGAUCAUGCAAUUAAGUCGAGAUCUCCUGGACUACCUACGCCACCUCCUCUCUCCACAGAUAUCCGGCCCGUUCGGUACAGUCUAGACAGCGCCACACCACGCGCGCAAGACCUCCACGACAUGCUAAAUGAGUCGUCCCGGCUAAGGUCUAGCAGCACAAGCAGCCUUGAAAAAAUCGACGAGGCUAGAGAAGUAGAGACUGACACCGAAAAUUACGACGAAGAGCCCUUCGCCACCCCUGCCUUGCCUCAAGAGGAUUCGGAAAUCAGGGCUCUACGAACCGCUCUUCAAGAGUGCUGGACAUUGUGUAACACGUUAGCGAACUUGAGCUCGAUUCAUCGAACACGGAUGUUCAACAGCUCAGGUACUCCCGAUGCUCACGAAAAAGCUUGGAUGGCAUGCUGGAGGCUUUGCCAGCGCCUGUAUGACAACCGCGACGAAGACCACUAUGAUCACCAUGUCCGAGAGAAUCUCGAUCAUUGCCGAGACUUUUGCCAGUCCCUUUUCGACGUCCGACAGAGGAAGGAUGAAGUUGCUGAUUCUGUUUUGAGAGUCAGUUUUGAACUGAAUAACCAUCUCUAUAGCGCUCAGGAUAUCCAGAACCUCCCAGAGCCCUUCCGGGAGCGUACUCUAGAUUUCUAUAUUACUCUUUGCCAUCGAUUGAUGAAACAGCGAAGCGAACUGGCCGAUGAGACGGACUCUUUGCUGAAGGCGUGUUGGUCACUUGCCGAGAUGCUAUUCAGUCUGAGACAGAAUAAGCGUGACGGAAGAGCUCCUGACGAGGAGCUCCUAUGUUCUGCAGUACAGGCAUGCUGGGAGCUUUGCGACCUCUUCCGAGACGGGUGGACCCAAGUGCGGCCAGACCGAAACACCCCACGACCGAGCCAGACGAGCUUCUUCGGCCAUCAGCAGCAGUAUGAUCAACCUGCUCGAGGUGAGAGCAGAGCGUCGAACCGAUCGUCAUACUCAAAGAGGGAAAGUCACAAAAGCCUGGCCGAGGAGCGGCCACGGAAGCCGCCACCAGUUCCUGAAACUCCCGUGACCGAAUUUGAAGACACGCCGAUCUCUCCAGAGAGCUCCUCGCCCCGAGUGCCAAAUAUCCUCGUUCUAGGCACAACAUCUGACAGCGGACGUGGGGGACGGUGGUCAAGCAGCGCUUCGCAGUUGUCGAGCUACUCGCAGAGCAGCAACAAAACAUCCAGCACGGCAACAACGACUACGGCAGGCGAGGACAGCAACAGCAACCGCAUCAAAGCCCUCGUCAUCAAGGCUGCCAUGAACGUUGGCUUUACUCGAGACCCGGCUCUUGACAGUAAAGCCGAGAAGUCAGCUCUCCAAGCCUUUGUCAAGCAUAUGCCCACGGGCUCCUUCGGGUCCUUACCUGCGCACUCGACACUUUUACAGCACUACAAGAACCUUGUUCAGGCCGACACGGCAUUCAGGGGAUCUUCGCUGUUUCCGCCCCAUGGCAAACGUAUCUCGGCGCACGACCUGGCCAAGAGCGUUCACUACAUGACCCAAAGAUCUAGCCAGUAUAUAUUCUUGCGCGACCUGUACAGGCUCGUGUUUGGCUUCCCACCAGAGGAGGGCGAGUCGAGGAAAUCAACAACCAUAGUGGUCUGAACGCCUAUUUUCCCUCAAACCUUGUCUCAAUUCUCUUUUUUCUUCUUCUUUUCUGCAUUGUUCUUCAGGGUUUCCUCACGAAAACCACUAUUACAGCCUACUACACCACCCUCAUAAGGCAGAGCAGAGCGGGUAGGUCUAUUGCGAAGAAAGUUCUGCUUGGAGAGGCCAGAGUUUCAAACAAACGCACACAUACACACAAACAACAUGCAAAACAACACACAACAUACCUGGGGGAGAGCGCCCGUCUGUUCGUUUCUACUGCACUAGAUACCCAUCGUGGACGGAUUUUGGCGCUGGGAGCUUGGACAAUGGGAGGCUAGAAAAUCGUGCGUCUUUUUCAAUGUCGUUAUGAGAACAAGGGAGGCUGGGAGCGUCGUUCGUUACAUUACAUGUCACAAUGGAUAUUGUGGCCAAUCUGGGAGGAAAUCAUCUUAUAGCUUAUGUCGCAAUGACCACCAACUACCU